UCCAAGUCCGGACCUGGGAGCAGAGGCUUGGCUCGGCUCGGCGCUGCGAGAGGCGCGGAGCGCUGGGGCCGGGAGCCGGCCGAGCGCGGUUUCGGUGGGACCGGUGUUCCCAUCCUGGGACUCUCUCGUGGAGCCGAGCCCGGCCAAUAGGCGCAUGAGGAAGAAGAGCAGGGAAAUGGACUGCUAUUUGCGCCGCCUCAAACAGGAGCUGAUGUCCAUGAAGGAAGUGGGCGAUGGCUUGCAGGAUCAGAUGAACUGCAUGAUGGGGGCGCUGCAAGAACUGAAGCUCCUGCAGGUGCAGACAGCACUGGAGCAGCUGGAGAUCUCUGGAGGGGGUCCUGCCCCAGGCUGCCCUGAAAGCCCCCGGACACAGCUCGAACCCCCUCAGUGGGAGGGUGGCAGCGGUCCUGCCAGGCCUGCGGGCUGCUCCCCGUCCAGCCAACCCUCUCUGGGCAGCAGCGCCAAGCUUCCAUUGCCUAGGAGUGUGUGUGGGAGGGAUCUGGCUCCCCCGCCCAGGACACGGCUGCCAGAGCACCAAAGCUGUGCCCAGCGGGGGCCAGAGCUGGUGGAACCGGAUGACUGGACCUCCACGCUGAUGUCCCGGGGCCGGAAUCGACAGCCUCUGGUGUUAGGUGACAACGUUUUUGCAGACCUGGUGGGCAACUGGCUGGACUUGCCGGAACUGGAGAAGGGUGGGGAGAAGGGUGAGACCCGGGAGGCAGGAGCCCCCAAAGGAGGGAGGGGCCAGCCACGGGAGCUGGGCCGCAGGUUUGCCCUAACAGCAAACAUCUUUAGGAAGUUCUUGCGUAGUGUGCGGCCUGACCGUGACCGGCUGCUGAAGGAGAAGCCAGGAUGGGUGACACCCACGGCCUCUGAGCCCAGAGCCGGACGCUUGCAGAAGGGCAAGAAGCGGGGCCAUUCCAAGGGCUCUGGACAUUGCCCCUUCCCAGGUGCCUCGGAGCCCAGACGAGGGGAGAAUCCUUCCACCAGCUGCCCCAAGGCCCUGGAAUCCUCACCCUCUGGCUUUGAUGUUAACACAGCGGUUUGGGUCUGAAUCCUAGAGAUAGAAAUUUGACUGACCCAAAAGGGCCAGGUCCCAGUGCUGGGCCCCUGGGAAAGAGGCCGAGUGGUAUGGCUUUCAAAAGCCUAACUCCAAGUCCCUUCCGCCGAGAAGGGAGGGAGAAGAAGCAGAGGGUCUGGAGCAGAGCUGACAGGCCUGUAGUUGGGCGAGGCUGUGCUAGGGGCUGGCUGGUGGGGGAGGCGAGAGUUCCUGGACAGAGAGAGAGAGAGAGAGAAUGUGUGUGUUUGUUGCUUUGGGGCUGGAGGUGACAGCAGGAGAGGGGCAGUGGGAGAAGACCAGGAAAUCCUUCUGACAUUCCUUCACUGCCCCCAAAGACCUCAGUGUAACAUUCUGCAUGGAUCGGGCACUGGG